CCCCCUCCUUCCGCGCGCCCUCCCCCCUCCCCCGCGCGCGGCCCGCCCAUUUCCUCCUCCCGCCCCGUUGCCUUGGCAUCUGUUGUCAAUAUCUCUCGCGAGGCGGCGGCGAAGUCGAGGCGGCUUUAAACGGAGCCCGAGCAACCGUUUGGUUGAGAUAGAAACAACUAUUCUGAAUGACAGCUGCAGAUUGCCAAAGUGAAACCAGCAAUUCUUCUGAAUGUGAGUGAUGAAUUGUUAAGCAGCCUGCAGUUCUACUUGGAACUGCACAAAUCAUCUCCAGAAAAAAUGAAUAUUCCUUGAGGAACAGCAUUCAACAUUAUUUUUAUUGACAAUGGGAGAGAGAGGAAGAAGUCUGGACACUGGACAUGAUCAGAAACCAGACAGUGAUAAAAGCAGUGAUUCGUAUUAUUCUGAUGACGAUUCAUCUUGUGCCUCUGAUCACUCGCCAGUUAUUAGCACUCGGUCUACAAACACUGGAGAAAAAAGCAGUAAAGCAGAAAACUUGAAAAGCCUUGCACAUUACCAAGCCACCAAGCAGAUUGCCUCUAAAUAUGCCCCCAGCAAAAGAGGAAUUCGCUGGGGUCUCCGUUCCCAGAGCCUCAACAGAGACUCUCCUGCCAAAGACAUCAGCCUGGUGACCAAACGCGUGCUUUCUGCCAGGUUGAUGAAAAUUAACGAGCUACGUAAUGAACUGACGGAACUGCAUGUCAAACUCGAUGAGCUGCAGAAGGAAAAUAGGGCACUGAAGCGGCUUCAGUACCGACAUGAGAAAGCCCUCCAUAAGUUUGAAGACACAGAGAAUGAAAUCGCUCAACUCCUGGCGCGGCAUAACGAGGACAUGCGAAUACUAAGGGAGCGCUUGAGGAAAUCUCAAGAAAGGGAGCAGGUAACCGAGAAAAAGCUGAGGACUUCCGAGGAGGAGCUAUACAAGGUCAAAGGCACCUUGCAAAAACUAAGGAGGCUCGCGGAAGACCGGCACCUUCCCGAACGUGAUGAGCUGGCAAAGAAGUUAACUUUAGCAGAAAAUAGACUAGAUGACAGCGAGAAGAGAAUUAAGGACUUGGAGAAGAACCUUGACCUUAGUAACAGUAGUUUCCAGAGACAAUUACAUUCUGAGAAAAAGAAAUUAUGUGAAGCACAAGAAGAAAAUAAAGUUCUUCAAGAAGAGGUUCAACGACUGAAUCAGAAACUGAAGUCUUUUGAUAGACAAAACCAAAUUCUAUUUUAUCAGGAGAAGGAAAAGGAACUUGAAGCAAGAAAUAUAUAUGCUAAUCGAAAGUUGAAACCUUCACCCAAAAAAGAUGCUGAUACCACACCAAAUAAAAAAGUUGUUAAGAAGAACAAUAAAAGAGAAGCCCAGAUAACAAAGGGAGUGCAGACUACUGACUUCUUCUCCCCAGUAGAUUUUCCUUUGCCUCCAGACUUCAUUUCUGAUGAAAUACCAGAGGAAAGGGAGGAAUCACUCAAAAUGGAGCCAGUAAUUAACAAAGACUGCAAUGAGCAAGCAGAUUUCAAGCAGGAAGAGAACACAGAAAGAGAAGAGAGAUGGAAAAGCGACCAAGAACUACAGACUUUAGAAGAAAGAGCCAAGAAACUGAGAGAUGAAUGGGAAAAAGAAGAAGCUGAGAGAAGGAAGAAAGAAAGCAAUCUUGUUCUGGAAGAAGAACAGCCAAAGAUUGAAGCAGUAAUAUUUAAUCAGGAAAAUAGAACACAAAGUAGUGAAAGAAUUGAAGAGGAAAGACAAAAGGAGAUUCUACUGGCUAAGAUGUAUGAAAUUGACCGAGAAACCCAAGUUAGUAUGAGGGUCACUUCCCAAGAACAUACUUCAAAUCCAGUAACUACACCCUAUUCCUUGGAAAAAAGUAAGAUAUCAUACCAGAUUUCAGAGACAACAGAGAAAUUACUCAAUGGUUUUCCAGAAUAUGACCAACGUAAUAAGAUCACAAAAGGGGAAAGCCAGAGACAGCAGAAUACAGAAACCACAUAUACUGAUUUGACAUUUGGUAGCUAUGUACCUUCCUUUGGGAAAGGGUCAGGAAGGCCAAAUUGGCUCAAUCAGAAAAGUGACUUUCUAGAUGACCUCCCCAAGGACAAUGUAGCGCUUGAUGUGAAGAAAGAGAGGAAGUCCAAUUUAAUGGAGCAGCUCUUUGGAAGCAGUGCCAAUACUAUUGGUUCACCAAAGAUAAAUGAUUUGGGCCUUUUCCGACAAGAUAGUCACACAGACAAUAGCUCUCAGGAUAAACGCCCCACAGUCAGAGCAAAAGAUGAUGGCAAUCUUUUCUUUAGCGAAGGAAAAAGCUUUAAUUCCAAACGGCACCGACUGCAGCAUGCAGCAAGUAAGCCAGCAGUUAAGGCUAUUGAUUAUUUAGAAGAUGAAAUUGAAGAAGUGUUAUUGCAAUGAUUGUAGUUUGUGAAACCCAGAUGUGCAAUGAGUAUUUAAUAUGCUAUUUAUAGUUUUACAACUUUCUCAGAUAGUGUUAUAUGUCUGAAAUGACUGACGUAUGUGCAAGAGGAUUAGGAUAUUUUGCCUGGUGAGUGGAGCUCUUUAUAUGGUGUCCUAAGAGAUUAAAAUGGUGGCCUUCUUAAUGUAAUUUAUUUUAUUUUCCCUCAAAAGGAAAUGCCCUAAUUCCCAAAGACCCUUCAGGACUGUUCUCUAAAUGGUCUCUUGUGUGGCCCUUUGGAAGUUGUGGAUUGUAACACCCAUCAACCCUAGCCAGCACAGAACGCAAUGAGAGAAUGUGGAAGCUAUGGUUCAGCAAGGGCCUCAAAUUGGCUACCUUUGGAGCAAGGCAAAAAGCCUUAGUGAUAUUUUGAAGGCAAUUCCCUGUACCAAGAAAAAACGCCCUUUUUCCCUUGGGUAUUUGUGGGAUACUUUUGUCUCCUUGUCUCCUUAUUCUUCCUCUUAUCUACAUGUUGAUCUAAUUUUGCAUAGCAAAAUUUCUUAUGUACUUAAAUCCCAAAAUUUCUUUCUUUGGAAUUUAAAUACAUAAGCAGCUGCAGUUGCCGCAGAUAUAGGUAUGAACACUCCUUUCAGUAGAACAAACACAAAUCUGUAUGGAGGGUACAGAAUUAUGUACGUUGUAAGGAUUUUGAUAAUUUCAUAAUCUGUUGGAAUGUUUGACAAAAAAACCUUUUAAGACUGAAGCAAAAGGUUAUGAAAGAUCUCAUUUUUCAUAAUUUAUAGUUAGACACAAUGUAACUAUACCAUAGCAAUCCCAUUUCCAUAGCCUACUCUGCAAUAAAUAUGUUGUGAAUUACAAUCUGGAGUAGCAUCUACUUAGUGUUAUGAAAUACUUCAACACAACCUUGGUGCUUGUACAGAUAUUCCUGAUGAAUUGUAACCAAUGUCUGUUACUGAAAGCGAAUGUUAAAACUAAAUCAUAAAGGUAAUCGCAUUGCUGGCUAUUAAAUAUGCUGGCAAUCUCAGUAAUAUCUGAACAAAUAUAUUUUGUUCAGAUAUUACUGAGAUUUCUCCUAAUUUCAGAUAUUACUGAGAUUUCUCCUAAUUUCUCCUUUCAAAAACUCAUUGUAUAAUAUUUAAUAUAUUACUGGAAGCAUUACAUAAUGAAAGCCUGAGAUUGGUAACUUAGUACAAUUCAUGGCACCAUAGUUUUGGAGAAGUAUAAUAAUUUCAUGAGGAAUAUUUUCUGAUUUGAAAGUAUUUAAAAAUAUAGAACCAAGGAAUUAGUAUAGCUCUACUUGUACAAUUUAUUUUGACUACAGACUACCAAUGAUAAAAAGUCCUACAUUUCCACACUGGUGCAAAUGUGGAACACCUUUGUCUUGAAGCAUUGCUGUCUUGGCGACUUCAGCAUAGGAAUAGGUAAUGUAGCCUUCUCUGGACAUUGUUGGACUGCAUCUCCCAGCAGCACUAGCCAGAGUAGAUGGGGGGAGUUAUGAGAACUGCAAUCCCAAACAACUGGAGGAUGAUAUUCCUACUUAAUGGAGAAUAUUGCAGCCUCUGGUAGGGAGUUACACAAAUCAAAACUGGAUGCCAUGGCCACUCCCACCUUAACGAUUUCAGCAACUUUGCAAAGAAGGAAAAUUAGAAGAUAUUGUUUUACAUUGGCAUUUUAAGGAUGAUGGAAAUGGCAUGAAAACUCUUAGAGCAGAUUCAAGAAACAGUGGGGAAAUGACAGGUCUUUCCAUUUGCAUCAAGAUUAUCAAGCUGUCUAAUUGCCACUUUCAGGUUUUCUAGAACAUGCUAAAUUGUGAGAUGCCAUCUUUGCUUGAAACAGACUAUUUCAAAGUUUUGCCACUUUCCCAAAUCACUAGUUUAGCUUCAAGGAUGUUUAAAACCCUAGGGGAAAAACCCUUGGGAAGAAUUCCCUGUAACACACUAACAACACAAAAGUCUACUGUGGCAGUUCAGUUUUAUUCUUCUAUUUAGUACAUAACAUGUAUGGAUUUUGUUUUUCAUGACCAUAUUAAGGCUUCCAGUCUGAAGGUUUAAACUUUUGCAGGCCAUCAAUGCCAUCUUGCAAACAGUUAACUGUAACAUUUAGUGAGCAUUUUAGCCAUUAGCCAGUACUUCUUAACACAAAUGUCCUUGAACUUCUUAUGCAAAAAGAAAGAGUUAAGAUGUUCUCUUGUAAUAUAAAGCAAAUUAUUUUAUGAUUGAGAAGAAAAUAGUAUGUCUUUAAAAAAUAAUUAUUUUAGGGAAUUCCUGUAGUGGCUAUGUACUCUGUUACCACCUGUACUGAUUCAAAAAUAUAUUUAUUAUGUAAUGUUAAUUUGUUUUUAUAACUUUAUAUUUUAUGUAAAAGUUCUUUCUGAAUGGUUGUUUUUUUAACAGAAUGAUUUCUAUUAAAAUAUUUCUGUGA